GUGACAAGGCAGGGAACCUGCGCUGAGUCCUCUACAUAUGCUCAGAGCCCGGAGACUAGACCUGGGAGCUGGGAGCUGGGAGCUGGGAGCUAGAGCCGGAGGAGCCGGAGACAUGAACAAGGUCUUCCCUCAGGUGGAUGGCAAUGGCAAUGCUGCUGCUGGAACCGAAGCCCUCCCUGCAGGGGAAGCAGACUGCAGCCCUCUCUGCUGCUCACACCGAGGAGCCUUCCUCUCAGCCUUCCUGCUGCUCCUGCUGGCAACUCUUGCAGCCCUGAUUGCCCUGGUCGCCAUCCUUGGACCCCCACCACGCACGCCAGGGGCCCAGGCCUGUGUGACACUGAUGAACAGGACAGGCUUCCUGUGCCAUGACCGGAGGAGCUGCGUCCCGGCCAGCAGGGUCUGUGACGGCGUCCGCACCUGUGCCCACGGCGAGGACGAGGAGGAGGCCUUGUGCCGAGAUGUGCCCCAUAGCCUCCCCAGCUUCCUCGUGGAGCGCUGUGGAGACCCCGCAUCCUGGAUCUACUCCGACCAAAAGUGUGAUGGGAUCAACAACUGCGGGGACUGCUCAGACGAACUGAGCCCAGUGAGUACGUGCCCGCUCUGCAGCCCUGGGUGGUGGCGUUGCCCCUCGACUGUCUUCAGAUAUUGCAGCUGUAUUCCAAGGAGCCUCUGCCAGGAUCACGUGCAGCACUGCUCUGAUUGGUCCGACGAAUAUUCCUGUCCUGGACCCUGAGUGGGUCACCCAGGCCAGAGUGGGAGGCUGGUUGGAAUGGGACUGAUAACCCUGCAUGUGAGCUAUGAAUCCAAGUACACAAGAGCAGGAAGGAGCCUUCGAGAUUGUCUAGUGGGGUCUACAUACCAUUAUCUCUGAGUAGGAAUUGCCUCUC